UCCCGCCCCGGAAGCGGCGACGCGCUGGGGCCAUGGCGGCGCUUGGGCGGCGGUGGCCCGUGCGGCUGCUCGUCGCACUGCGGCUCCUGCACGACGGGGCGCCGUCGCGGGACGUGCUGCUCUUCAAGCACGAACGGGGCCGCUUCUUCGCCGUCCUCGGGCUGUUCUGCGCGGGCCAGGGCGUCUUCUGGGCGUCCCUGGCCGUGGCAGCCUUGGCCCGGCCCCCGGCUCGGGCGCUGCCUCCAGACACGGAGCCCGCAGACCGCGGCCGCUGGGACCUGCGCUCCGCGCUCUGGCGCUACGGCCUGGCCGUCGGCUGCGGCGCCAUCGGUACCCUGGUACUUGGCGCUGGUCUUCUCUUCUCCCUCCGUUCUGUGCGUUCAGUGAUGCUGCAGGCUGGAGGGAAGCAGGUGACCCUCACCACUCAUGCCCCCUUUGGCUUGGGUGCUCAUUUCACCGUCCCUUUGAACCAGGUAUCCUGCAUGGCCCACCGUGGUGAAGUCCCUGCUAUGUUGCCUUUGAAGAUCAAAGGCCGGCGCUUCUACUUCCUCUUGGACAAAGCUGGACAUUUCCCCAACACAAAACUCUUUGACAAUACUGUGGGUGCCUACCGCAGCUUGUGAAGAAACCACCUUGGGUCGCUCACCUCUCCCAGAGGGGAAUAAAAACCGAACCUUGGAGAUGGGGUGACAACCAAGGGCAGGACACAAGGGGGCCCACGGUUCCUGAACAGCAAAUAAAAGAGCAGUCAUCCCGAGGGCAAGGGACAGAACCUCUGA